UAUUUCCCCACCAAAAAGGAGAAAAGAAAAUUAAGGUUUCUGAAAAUUUUCUUAAGAAUUUCAGCAGAAAUAAAAAAAAAAGGAAAUAAAGUGAACUGCAAAAUAAUGGCGAUAUCGAAGAAGCGGAUUAUACUACCUGCACUACUAUGGCUUCUUGCUCUUUUUGGAUUCUUACUUCUUAUUCUGAAUCAUUUAAGUGAUCCUGGAUCAUCUCAAGUGCAAAAAGACAAUGAUCCACACAUAAAAAGUGGAGAUCUUGAGAGAGAUAAUGAGGGGAAUGUGUCUGAUGAUGGAAUGAAGCAAGUGACUCAUAGGGUUUUCUUCGAUGUCGAGAUCGAUGGGAUGCCUGCUGGAAGAAUCGUGAUAGGCCUCUUUGGAAAAACAGUCCCCAGAACUGUAGAGAAUUUUCGAGCUCUAUGCACGGGGGAGAAAGGAACUGGAAAGAGCGGGAAAGCUCUGCACUAUAAAGGAAGCAUGUUCCAUCGGAUCAUCCCAAGCUUUAUGAUUCAGGGAGGUGAUUUUACUGUUGGCGAUGGCCGCGGUGGGGAGUCUAUAUAUGGUGAAAAGUUUGCAGAUGAGAACUUCAAGCUGAAGCACACUGGUCCAGGGUUUCUCUCAAUGGCAAAUGCUGGACCAGAUACCAAUGGGUCACAAUUCUUUAUUACAACUGUUAAAACAAAUUGGUUGGAUGGUCGGCACGUUGUGUUUGGUGAAGUAUUGUCAGGAAUGGAUGUCGUCUACAAGAUUGAGGGGCGAGGUACGCAAAAAGGGAUACCGAAAAGCAAAGUUGUCAUAUUGAAUUCUGGGGAAAUAGCAUCAUCCUGACUUUAAAAGGUAUUGCACAUCUUCCUUCUCUACCGAGUGUGCCUUGACACAAAUGAUGUACAGCAAAGUUUUGAUCUUUGCUGGACGAACAUAUACUAGUAUAUGUAUAUCGAAAUGCAUGUUAAAUGUACCUAUAAUGGUGUUGAAUUAUCCGAAACAUGUACAAUGUCGACAUUAAUUGUCAUCUCGGCAGAAUGUGCCACUUUCCAUAUUGGUUACCUUUUCUAGUGGAGUUUUGCACUAUCCUGCACUUCAAUGCAUUCUUCAAUAUUCUGAAAGGUACACAAGAGAUCAUGUAAUGACAUCCUAGAGUGUACUGUGUACUUUGAACAACAUAGAUCUGCAAAAAAAACAAUAAGAAUAUAUUUGUUCAUGAUGA